AUGCAGCUUCAUCUGUCUCUUGCGGAGAGUUGAAUGAGAAUGACAUGGGCACAUGAACUGCGCGCGUAAACGAACUCUCUAUUAUUCCUCCUCUGCUUCCUACCGUACGCUCCUCUACGCUGGUUGCGCACAGUCCUAGCGUGCGCAUCCCCACCGUCCCUAUCUCAUCUCACCUAUUGAAGCUAAUACCACCUCCACAUCCGUCGUCGAGCGCUGCACCGAAUCCAAUCACCGUCAAUUCUAGAUCUCGGAUUAUAGCCAUGUCGAAGGCGCGUGUUUACGCGGACAUCAAUGUUCAUCGCCCUAAAGAGUACUGGGAUUACGAGUCGCUCACCGUUCAAUGGGGAGAUCAAGAUGAUUAUGAGGUUGUGCGAAAAGUAGGAAGGGGAAAAUAUAGUGAAGUUUUCGAGGGUAUAAAUGUUAAUAGCAAUGAGCGCUGUGUAAUCAAGAUACUCAAGCCUGUCAAGAAAAAGAAGAUCAAAAGAGAGAUAAAAAUACUUCAGAACCUUUGUGGAGGCCCAAAUAUUGUCAAGCUUCUUGAUAUUGUCAGAGAUCAGCACUCAAAAACACCUAGCUUGAUCUUUGAGUAUGUUAACAGUACAGACUUCAAAGUUUUGUAUCCGACCUUGACUGAUUAUGACAUACGCUAUUACAUAUAUGAGCUCCUUAAGGCAUUGGAUUACUGCCAUUCCCAAGGCAUAAUGCAUAGAGACGUGAAGCCUCAUAAUGUUAUGAUAGAUCAUGAGUUAAGAAAACUUCGCUUGAUAGAUUGGGGUCUUGCUGAAUUUUAUCAUCCAGGAAAGGAAUAUAAUGUUCGUGUAGCAUCAAGAUACUUCAAGGGGCCUGAGCUACUAGUUGAUUUGCAAGACUACGACUACUCAUUAGAUAUGUGGAGCCUUGGCUGUAUGUUUGCUGGAAUGAUCUUUCGCAAGGAGCCAUUCUUUUAUGGUCACGACAACCAUGAUCAGCUUGUCAAAAUAGCGAAGGUGCUUGGGACUGAUGAGCUAAAUGCAUAUCUGAGUAAGUAUCAUCUGGAGCUUGAUCCUCAACUCGAUGCACUUGUUGGAAGGCAUAGUCGCAAGCCUUGGUCUAAAUUUAUUAAUGCUGAUAAUCAGCAUCUUGUGUCUCCAGAGGCAAUUGAUUUUCUUGAUAAGCUCCUUCGAUAUGAUCAUCAGGACAGGCUCACUGCAAGAGAAGCAAUGGCGCACGCAUAUUUCUCGCAGGUAAGGGCAGCAGAAAGUAGCAGAAUGAGAACACAGUAACUUGGUCAUAUUUGAAUUCACAAACCCGGUUCACAUGUGGAUUCAUAAGCUGAGUUUAGAUGUAUGGGAUUGUAAUUUGAUAUACAUUGACAUUUUGGUUUGCCUUGUGAUGAAAAUGCUGUCCUUAUGUAAUACGACAGCUGUACCCUUCAUUCCAGUAAUCAGAUAUUAUCAAGGAGUGGAAGUUGAUACAUCCCACCUCCAAGUUACCAUUGGGUACGAAUUUCCCCCUAUCUUAACCCUGAACAUGAAAAAUGUCGGAGUAGCAUGCAAACGAACGAUUAUCCUGUGGGGUUGGGGUUCUUUAUUGAGUGCCAGAGCUGUUCCUCUUGUAUUAGCCGACCUGUAAAUGCAAGAUGACCCAAAACGGGAGAUUUUCUUAUAA